AUGAUACCCCCAAUCGAGGCAUCAGUCCUCGAAAACAACCCCGACUUCGCGGCGCUACAUCACGCCCUUACAACCGCGAUCCUGAACCCCGACGGCUCGACCAAGAAACCUGCGUCAAAGGAGCAGACCUCGAUCCAGAAUGAACUCGCAGACCACAGAUUCACCGCCGCGAAAGAACACCUCUUGAUCAGCGCCAUCUCGAAGACCGUACCUCCCGAACCCAAAACAGCGCCCGCGAGGACAAUCACCCGCAGCAAACCUGCACCACAACCGCAACAAUCGCUCCCGGAACCCCUACUCGACCUCCUCCUCCUCCUCCCGCCCCUCCUCACUGCAACCGAACCCUUACCCCCCGAUUCCCUCACGAUCCUCCUGUCGAACCCGCCCUUCACCGAUUUCCAAUCGCUCCUCCCGCAACUCGGCGACCUUGUCUCCACCACCCUACAUAACUCGGCCGUCUCACUCGCGCGCAUCGCGAACCCGACAACGAACCCCUCCUUCCUCCACCGCAGCGUGCCCGCCCUGCAGACGACGUACCACAAGCUAGAGAACGACGUCCAAGAGGCCAAGCAUGCGUUGGCCCGGGAGCGGCUGCGCGCAGCGGCGGGCCUGACUGGGGUCCUGGACGAGUACGCCAGCGCGCUGACGCUGCUGAUCCGAGCGCUCGAGGCGAAGCACGGCGUCGUGGCGAGGAGCCUGGAGUUCAGGGCGGCAGAGACGGCGUUGCAGGCGCAGCGGGCCGAGGCGGAUGCUGUCGCCGCGCGGGAGGGCGUCAGGAAAGAGGUGUACUCGCCCGAGAUGGUGGCCGCGCUGGACAACUACGCCGCGCACUUGAGGGAUGCGCGGUUGAGGCUCGAGAGCACGGUCAUGACGCGGCGCGCCGAGCUGGAAGGGUACGGGGUCGGAAUCGAGGGCGAGGAGGGCAAGGAGAGGAAGAUGAGGGAGAUGGCGAGGAUGAAGCGGCAGCUCGAUAGGGAGUUGGAGGACGUGAACAGGGACCUGGCGCGGUUGGACAAGGCGUGA